UCGUGAAUUGUGAGGAUCAAAAGAGCAUAUUAUUAGAGACGUAAGAAGGAAAAAGGUCAAAAAACAUGUCGAAGGUGGUGCACGAGGGAUGGAUGGUGAGGUAUGGGAGGAGGAAGAUAGGAAAAUCAUUCCUUCAUAUGCGUUAUUUCGUUCUGGAGACUAAGUUGUUGGCCUAUUUCAAGACGAAGCCUCAGGGAAAUGUGGCUCCAAUCAAGACUCUUGAAAUCGAUGGUAAUUUUCGAGUGGAGGAUCGAGGCUUGAAGACUCAUCAUGGACAGAUGGUUUACGUUCUAUCGGUCUAUAACAUGAAAGAGAAGCAUGAUCAAAUCACGAUGGCUGCUUUCAACAUUCAGGAAGCACUAAUUUGGAAAGAAAAAAUCGAAUCCGUGAUUGAUCAGCAUCAAGAGUCAGUAGGUGGUAGUCGUACCAAAUUCAACGAAUUCAAAUCUGGGACGGAGAGUACUGGGAGGACGGCUUCAGAUCAGGAAAGCCCGUUCAGUGCUGCUGAGGAUGAAGAUGAAUCUCAACAAAACGUGCUGCGAGGAACAACAAUCGCAAAUGCGAUAGCUCCUCCGGAGUCUGUGGUUGACUGGACAAAGGAAUCAGAGUCAGAUUUAGCAAACCCGAAGUAUAGGCGCUUACUUUACUGCCAAAAUGGGCUUCGCAUUUUCGAGGAGCUACUCAAUGUUGAUUUACUACCAAAGGGAUGUAGUAGAGCUAUGAAGGCGGUUGGCGUAGUGGAGGCUACUUGUGAAGAAAUAUUUGAGCUUGUAAUGAGCAUGGACGCAACACGUUUUGAGUGGGAUUGUAGCUUCCAGUAUGGUAGUUUGGUUGAGGAGGUAGAUGGACACACAGCAAUACUCUAUCACAGACUUCAACUCGACUGGUUUCCGAGUUUUAUUUGGCCUCGUGAUCUUUGUUAUGUACGAUACUGGCGUAGAAAUGAUGAUGGAAGUUACGUAGUGUUAUUUCGUUCUAGGGAGCAUAAGAAUUGUAAUCCUCUACCUGGAUAUGUUCGAGCUCAUAUCGAGAGUGGUGGAUUCAAUAUUUCACCCCUCAAACCGCGUAAUGGGAGGCCAAGAACUCAAGUACAGCAACUUAUGCAGAUAGAUUUGAAAGGGUGGGGUGUAGGCUUCAUCGCGUCAUUUCAGCAACAUUGUCUCUUUCAGAUGUUAAAUAGUGUUGCUGGACUUCGUGAAUACUUUUCUCAAACUGAUGAGAGGGCAGCUGCUCCGAGAAUUCCAGUUAUGGUUAAUAUGAAUCCGCCAUCUAUCUCCUCCAAGAAGAGCCAGAAACAGUCUCAUCAUCGUACUCCGUCUUUAGACCAAAUACGUGCUGCAAAUAGAAAUGCAGUAUCGAUGUUGGACGAGUACUCUGAUGAGGAUGAAGAUUUUCAGUGCACUGAUCAAGAGGUAUCAUCACCCGGUCUUGAAAACGAUACAAUUAAAACUGCUCUUGAAGAAGAACCUAUGGAGCAUAUUGAUAUGUCAACUUUUUCGGGUAAUCUACGACAUGAUGACAGUGAUAAUGGCCGUGACUGCUGGACAAUAUCUGAUGGAAAUAACUUCAGAGUUCGUGGCAAGAACUUUUGCAGUGACAAAACAAAGGUUUCAGCUGGUAAAUCUCUCAUGGAUCUUGUAGCAGUCGACUGGUUCAAGGAUACUAAACGAAUGGACCAUGUCGCUAGGCGUCCUGGUUGUGCAGCACAGGUUGCUUCAGAAAAAGGACUCUUUACUUUGGUUAUAAAUUUGCAAGUACCUGGAUCAACACACUACAGCAUGAUUUUCUAUUUCGUCAUGAAAAAGUUGAUACCUGGUUCUCUCUUGCAACGGUUUGUUGAUGGAGAUGACGAGUUUCGGAAUAGUAGAAUGAAGCUAAUCCCAUCAGUGCCAAAGGGUUCGUGGAUUGUGCGUCAGAGUGUUGGAAGUUCCCCGUGUUUACUGGGAAAGGCAGUCGAUUGCAACUAUAUCCGCGGCCCCAAGUAUUUAGAGAUUGAUGUUGAUGUUGGUUCUUCUACUGUUGCAAAUGGAGUUAUGGGGCUUGUCAUUGGCGUAAUCACAUCACUAGUCGUUGACAUGGCUUUCGUUGUACAGGGAAACACCCCUGAUGAGUUACCAGAGCCACUAAUAGGCGCUGCACGCGUCUGUCAUAUAGAACUAUCAUCUGCUGUUGUACCAAAGCUUGAACCUGAGCCAUCGACAACGGAUUAGGUCGUAUUAUGACUGUUGUCAAUUUUGCAGAAGGUGGUUUUUU